AUGUCUCCAUCAGAAUUCAUGAUACGCCUGCAGAGAGGUAUUACGGGUGGAUUUGCUCCACCUACCCCGUCUGCUAUCUAUACGAUAUCGAAGGGGCCAGAUUCUGAAGUUACAAUAACUUCUUCGGUUAGAGAAGAUGGACAGCCUAUGUUAGGGAACCCGACUGAGAAGACUAUCACUUCGACUCAAGUCAAUGAUUUGGUGAACGAACUUGAGACUAUUCUCAAGGAGAUCCCAGUUGAGUACCCUUCAGGCUCUGAAGACAUUUAUAGUCUUGAUACCGGGAUCUUCUGGGGCUCUACUGAUUUCGAAUGGAUGAAUGGAGGGCCUGGGGGAUGUGGAGGUGGGUCCAGUGAGGCUCAACCAACUCCUGGACAAAAAGAAUCUUUUAAGAGAGCUGUUAAAAUUAUUGAGGAGAUGGUCGAGCUUGAGUAA